AUGUCUAGCGAACCGUCGCCCGAGGAGCAGAAGAAGCUCGAUGCCGAGGCCAAGGCCAAGGAGCAGGCCGAACAGGCGGCUCUGCCCUACAAGUGGGACCAGACGAUCAAGGACCUCGACAUUACCGUCCCCAUCGAGUCAAAAUUUAAGGGCAAGGAUCUGGACGUCAAGAUCACCAGGAACACGCUCAGGGUCGGCAUCAAGGGCCAGUCGCCCGUCAUCGACGGCGAGCUCCCCCACCCCAUCCGUGUCGACGACUCCACCUGGACUCUGAGCACCACGGCCACAGGGAAGGACAUUGAGAUCCACCUCGACAAGGUCAACCAGAUGGAAUGGUGGGCGCACGUGCUUACUUCGGCUCCGAAGAUCGAUACCAGUAAGAUCCAGCCCGAGAACAGCAAGCUGGGCGACCUGGACGGCGAGACACGCGGCAUGGUCGAGAAGAUGAUGUUCGAUCAGCGCCAGAAGGAGAUGGGUAAGCCCACCAGUGACGAGCAGAAGAAGCUGGACAUCCUGGAGCAGUUCAAGGUGCAGCAUCCUGAGAUGGACUUCUCGAACGUCAAGAUGGGCUGA